AUGGCACGCUCACGCAGCGAGUCGUUUUCGGACGACGACCUGCUGAUCGUGAGUUCGCAAGCUGUCAACUCGAUACCUUCUUCCCCACCGCGGCAGAACGCAGGACUGGACAAUGUUAUCGACAUCACCAGCAGUCCGGCAGUAGCCCUCACGCCUGGAGCCAGAACUGCGGGCGACAGCGGCAGAAGCAUCAAUGCCGGGACAGCGCGGCCUGUGUUUGGUAGGCCGACGCAGAUGACGCCAACGGCGGCGGCACGGCAAAGGGACAGCGUCCUCUUCAACAACAACAAGAACCGACCUGAGCACCACCGUCCCCAGAGAAUCACGGGUCCGUUGGCGCCCAAGCACGCAGACCGCAAGGCUGCUCCGAAGCCACUGUUCUCGUCUCUACCCAACGGCAACACAAGCUCUUACCCGGUAAGCUCCUUCUACGACAAGCAGCAGCCGAAGACGACGGCGGCGGCACAUGCGGACGUGGAUUUUUACGUAGACCCAAACAAGGCAAGCGAGGACCUGAAAGCGCUUCUGGAGGGCGGCAUGGAGGAUGACGAAGAAGAAGAGGAGGAGGGUGGAGGCGGAGGCGAGGAGGGAAAGUCAAAGGAAAGCAAGGCGAAGAAGGUGGUGGAGGGACUGGAAGAUGGGACGAUUGCCGGGAUCAAGGUGAAGCUGUUGCCGCAUCAGGUCGAAGGCGUGCAGUGGAUGAAGGGCCGCGAGCUGGGGCCAGUCAAGAGGGGUCGAGUGCCAAAGGGCGGCAUUCUGGCCGACGACAUGGGAUUGGGCAAGACGCUACAGGCGAUCUCGCUCAUCAUGACGAACUCGCGGCCAGAGCGCGACGGGCCUGGGUGGAAGAAGAGCUACGAGCGGGUGGAGAAGAGCACGCUGGUGGUGGCUCCUCUGGCACUGAUCCGGCAGUGGGAGGCGGAGAUCAAGGACAAGGUGUCAGGCGGACGGCGGUUGAAGGUAUGUGUGCACCACGGGCCACAGAGAACGACACGGGCGAGCGAUCUGGCCGAGUUCGACGUGGUGAUCACGACGUACCAGAUCCUGGUGUCGGAGCACGGGCACUCGAGCGAGGCGCUGAAGAGCGGCUGCUUCGGCGUCAACUGGUACCGGGUGAUCCUGGACGAGGCGCACUCGAUCAAGAACCGAAAUGCCAAGGCAACCAAGGCGUGCUGUGCGCUCUCGGCAGAGUUCCGCUGGUGUCUGACGGGGACGCCGAUGCAGAACAACUUGGACGAGCUGCAGAGCCUGGUCAACUUUCUGCGCAUUACGCCGUACGACAACCUGGCGGAGUGGCGAGCCCACAUCGACCAUCCGCUGAAGAACGGACGGGGCUACCUCGCCAUCCGACGGCUGCACAGCCUGCUGCGCUGCUUCAUGAAGCGACGGACGAAGGAGAUCCUGAAGGAGGAGGGCGCGCUGGUGCCGGGCGGAAAGAAGGCGCUGGACGCGGCGGCGGCCUCGAGCGAGACGCCGACGUCUGGCUUCAAGAUCACAGAGCGCAACGUGGUGGAGGUCUCGACGGAAUUCUCGGUGGCCGAACGGCGGUUCUACGACCAGCUGGAGGAACGAGCGGACAAGAGCCUGGAGAAGAUGAUGAAGGGGUCGGCGAUGAGCUAUGCGAACGCGCUGGUGCUGCUGCUGCGGCUGCGGCAGGCCUGCAACCAUCCGGACCUGCUGAAGCAGCAGCUGUCGCGAGACAAGGACGCGCUGUCUACGGAGCCGGCACCAAAGGCGUCUUCGGCCGGGGGAGACAUGGACGAUCUGGCCGACGCGCUGGGCGGUCUCGGCAUCCAAGCGAAGCGAUGUGAGGUCUGCAUGGCGGAACUGUCGCGGGCAGAGCAGACGGCCUGUGUUCCGGGCGACGAGCUGGUGUGUUCAGGUUGUCUGGCUGACCGGAGCGACCGAAAGGACAGGUCAAAGAAAGACAAGGCAAAGAAUGGGGACGACGAGGCGCUGGUGAGAGCAGUGCGGAAGCCAAGAAAUCGACGCGCUAUUAUCGACAGCGACGACGAGGACGAAGAGGAAGAUGGCAGCUGGUUGGUGGGCGAAGAGCAGAGGGGCUCAUUGCGUCUGGGCAAAGCAGGCGGCUCCGAGGACGAGGAUGCCGAGGGGGGAGGCGACUGGAUCGAGAGCGACGAUUCCAUCCACCACUCGGAGGACGAGGACGACGGCAGUCGGCUGAGCAGCUUUAUUGUGGACGACGAGAGCGGGAGUUCAGACGAGAGCGAGACAGAGAUUGGAAGUGACAGUGAAAACGAGCACAAGUUUAUCGUCUUCUCGCAGUUCACCUCGAUGUUGGAUCUGUUGGGACCCUUUCUGGAGCGAGCGGGACUAGGUCACGUGCAAUAUGAUGGCCGCAUGCGCAACGACGCGCGCGAGGCCAGCCUGCGAUCGUUGCGCGAAGACGCGGCCACGCGCGUGCUGCUCUGCAGCCUCAAGUGCGGUGCGCUUGGGCUGAACCUGACGGCGGCCACGCGGGUCGUCAUCCUCGAGCCGUUCUGGAACCCAUUUGUGGAGGAGCAGGCCAUCGACCGGGUCCACCGCCUGACCCAGACCGUCGACGUCACCGUCUACAAGCUCACCAUUGCCGACACGGUCGAGCAGCGGAUCCUCGAGCUGCAGGCCAAGAAGCGUCUGCUGGCGGCACACGCGCUCGAGGAAUCGGCCGGCGGCAGCCGUGGCGGUCGUGGCGGCAAGGGCGUCAACAAGAAGGAAGCCCUCAAGCUCGGCCUCAAGGAGCUCAUGGAUCUGUUCCGCCACGACGCCCGUGGCCAGCCGGGCGACCCCGACGAUGUGCCCGGCAUGGCCGGCCCGCUCGAACCCGUCGUCGACGGCGGACUGCUGCGACGCCGAGACCCCGGCAGCAAGCCGGCCGGAAAGACGGCUGCCGUCGACAAGCUGCCGCAAAACUCGGCCUACAGCCGGCGAUGGUGA